AGCAACACAUCUCAUCCAUCCAUCAGCCACCGACAUCCCGGACCCACAUGGCAGCCACACGCAAGCCCCGCUCCCCGUCCACAGCCGGAGGCGCCGACCACCACCGCUUCCUCCGCCCCGGGGCCCUAGCCCGCCUCCGCGACGCCAGGCUCCGCCGCGGGAGUCGCACCUCUCGCAUGCCCCCGCCCUCAUCGCCGCCGUCUCCGCCUCCUCCUCCUCCUGGGGCCGGAGACGGCGAGGGCGGAACGGUCAUGCCGUACUUCGUGCCCGUCUCGAGGCUCCUCGCGCCGCGGUGUCCCCAACGGAAGAAGCUGACGGCGGCGAAGUCCGUGGUGAUCUUCUCGCCGCCGCCGCCGCCGAGCCUCGACCUGCCCGUCGAAGCGGUUAUCGAGUUCCUCAACUCGCCGGACAUGGUGGUAGCCGCCCACUAGAAUGUCUCGCCGUAGUGUUGUAUUAGUCGUGGUAGGCUUGUAGAUUUGGGGGAUCUAUUCCUCUCUUGCUUCAAUAGCUUGGUGUUUACAUUUUUUUUCCUUGUUUGUACUGAUCCUGAUGUGAAAACAAAGACAAAGAAGAAUAGACCUGGUGUGAAAUGCGAAAAUGCAAUAAAUCGAGGGAAAUAAA